CGCGGGAAUAUCAUUGACAUCGUUACGUCCGCAGGAGUGUGUGUUAUCGCUUCGGGACUAUUUGCACCGAGUCCCAUAUCGACUUUCGCUUCUUGUCCCCCGGCCUGCACUGCUCUUUCGUCCUCUCGUCGUCCCCGCCCACUGUUUGCACACCCCUUUGUCCGCAGCCGUCACCUGCCCGCUCGUUUUUGUUUCGUCGUCCAUCCUUCGUCGUUUUCGUCGUCUUCGUCGCCGCUCGUCUGUCCGUGCGCUUGCGCUGCUCGAUCGGCGCUUCCAUCCGCUCUUCGCUAUCAACCCGCAGCGUCCGCCCCGGGUCCUGCGCUCCGCCGCCGUCUUGCCGUGCAUUUCCUGCGCCUGCCCUUGAUUCCAUCCGUAUCCGCUCGCCUUCCAUCGCAUCCUCAGCUCCCCCCAGCAUCCUCAGCAUCCUCGCCAUGCCUCGCGACAGACUCGCCGAUAUCUCCAACGACAACGUCGAAAUGGGUCGCAUGGGCGGCCGCGGAACCUCCCGCUAUCCUGACGACUCUCGCUCUCGAGACCGCUCUCGAGACCGUCCACGAGGCCCUGCCUCUCCGCCGCAAACCUACUCGACCUCCGACCAACGGCGCUACCGCGGCGACCAACCUGCCCGGGGCCGAGACGAGCCCCGAAGCAACGGCCGCGAAACCGACUACGGCAGCCGGGACGGGCGCCGAGACUAUGACUCUCGGGGCCGCGAAGAUCGCCGUGAUGACCGUCGUGAUGAUCGUCGCGAUGAUCGUCGGGAGCCUUCGUCGGGUCGCCGUCCCAGCGCUGCAUCGAGCCAGCCAAAGUAUCGAGAGAAUACCCGGGACCGCAGCGACUCGCCGCGAGAGGAUAUGAGCGCAUUCAUGGAAGAGAUCGAACGCAUUACAUCAUCUGUCGACAAGAUCCAGAGAAACCUCGGCCACAUCGACAAGAUGCACGCUCGUAUCCUGCAGUCGACGAACCAGGACGAGACUUCAAACCUGUCGUAUCGUCUGGACCAGUGCCAGGACGACACCAACCAGUUGAUCCAGGAGGCUCGUGCGGCCCUCAAGAAGCUCGUCAACCAAACCAAACAGCUCGGCGGCUCGCCCAGCGUCGCUGUUCGGAAGACGCAGCAGUCAAUGGUCGCCAAAAAGCUCGUGCAGGUCGCUCAGGACUACCAGGGCAUCCAGCAGCGAUACAAAAAAAAGUAUCGUGACCGCAUGGAGCGCGAGAUCCGCAUAGUCAAGCCCAAUGCAACUGACGCUGAGAUCGAGAAGGCUCUCAGCAGCAGCAGUGGCCAAGUGUUUGCCCAACAGAUGAUGAGCUCGCGGGUGGCCGCCCAGCGCCAUGUGCUUGAGGAAAUGCAGGGCCGUCACGAAGAUCUAAAGAAGAUCGAGCGAUCGAUUGAAGAGCUGUUUGCGCUGUUCCAGGAGAUGCAGAGCAUUCUGGAGGCCGAACAAGAGAAGAUCAAUACCAUCGAGACCCACGUCGAAACCGCAUACCGAGAAAUCGAAGAGGGCAGCAGAGAAAUGACCAAAGCCAUCGUGUCUCGGAAGAGCAAACGGAAGACGACAUGCAUCGUCACCAUCGUCAUACUCGUGCUCAUCCUCGGAAUCGGCGCCUUUGUCACCGUUCAGUAUAUUCUGCCAAUGAUCCGACAGAACAGCGGCGACAGCAGCGGGCCCAGCACUUCUCCGUCAGGCUCAUCACUGCCCGGCAACUCCACUGCGCCGACCAACAAGCUCCUUUUGGCGCUCGAGUCCGAGAAGUCGUGAAGGCGACCGGAGCCGUACCGAGCUUCGACCAAGCCGAGCCAAUUCGAGCCAAACCAAGUCGAGUCAAGUCGGGCCGGGCUUCCCCAGAAAAUCACCCACACAUUGCCCUUUUCCCUCAUUCGCCCUUCGCUCCCACUCGUUCCCGCUGACC